AUGGAUCCCCAAGCUUUCAUCCGUCUCUCAGUAAGCUCACUUGCCUUAAGAAGUCCCAAGUAUCUCUUACCCUCUGCUUCAACCUCUGAUGAGAAGACAAACUCUUGUUCCCAAUGCUCUUGCGAGAUAAAACUCAGAGGCUUCCCUGUUCAGACAACAUCUAUCCCGUUGAUGCCAUCCUUAGACGCAGCUCCUGACCAUCACAGCGUUUCCACUAGCUUUUAUCUCGAAGAGUCUGAUUUGAGAGCUCUCCUGACCCCUGGAUGCUUCUAUAACCCUAAUGCUCACUUGGAAGUUUCUGUUUUUUGUGGUAAGAAGAGUUCUUCUCAUUGUGGAGUUGGUGCUAAAAGACAGCAGAUUGGGGUGUUUAAGUUGGAGGUAGGUCCUGAAUGGGGAGAAGGAAAGCCAGUGAUUCUGUUUAAUGGAUGGAUUAAUAUUGGAAAGAACAAGAGAGAUGGUGGUGCACAACUUCAUCUGAGAGUGAAGCUUGAUCCUGAUCCUAGGUAUGUUUUUCAGUUUGAGGAUGUAACUACUUUGAGUCCUCAGAUAGUUCAGCUUCGUGGCUCGGUCAAGCAACCUAUCUUCAGCUGCAAGUUUAGCCGAGACAGGGUGUCACAGGUGGAUCCGUUGAACGGAUACUGGUCAAGUUCAGGGGAUGGAACCGAGCUUGGGAGCGAGAGACGUGAGAGAAAAGGCUGGAAAGUGAAGAUACAUGAUCUCUCCGGCUCUGCUGUUGCUGCAGCUUUCAUAACAACACCUUUUGUCCCAUCCACUGGCUGUGAUUGGGUGGCCAAGUCCAACCCUGGUGCUUGGCACGUGGUCCGGCCCGACCCGUGCCGACCAAACAGCUGGCAGCCUUGGGGAAAGCUCGAAGCAUGGCGGGAACGCGGGAUCAGAGACUCUGUAUGCUGCAGGUUCCAUAUCCUGUCCAACGGGCAAGAAGUUGGAGAUGUUUUAAUGUCAGAGAUACUCAUCAGCGCUGAGAAAGGAGGGGAGUUUUUGAUAGAUACGGAUAAACAGAUGCUGACGGUUGCAGCUACACCGAUCCCGAGCCCGCAGAGCAGCGGAGACUACUCGGGUUUGGGACAGUGUGUGUCUGGAGGCGGGUUUGUGAUGAGCUCGAGAGUGCAAGGGGAAGGGAAAAGCAGUAAGCCAGUUGUGCAGUUGGCUAUGAGGCAUGUGACUUGUGUGGAAGAUGCAGCUAUCUUCAUGGCGCUUGCUGCUGCUGUUGAUCUUAGCAUUCUGGCUUGUAAACCUUUCAGGAGGACUAGCCGGAGAAGGUUCCGCCAUUACUCAUGGUGACCAAAGGGAACUCUCUGUUUCUUUUUCUUUAUGUGUACAGUUUUUUAAUUGAAUCCCAACUCCCCAAGUCAUUGUAUUAGGAAGAAGAAACUGGUUUAAGA